AGUUUUUCUUUUGCUACCCCUACCUGCUUCUCCAAAUUGCAUGUGAAAAUACUCAUCUCGUUCGUUUCCAGAUUCGCUUGUUCUCUAGUGCGGAGCUAUUAAAAGGAGAAUGAGCGACUGUUCGGACACUCGGAGCUGCGCCGAGGCAGAAGAGCGGAGCACCUCUUAGCGUCAGGCGAGCCAGCGCCCGGCCCAGCCACCAGUCGGCGGGCUCCCUGCUCGGCGUCUCUCCGCGGAGAGAAGUGGACCACAUUCGAUCCAACUUCCCGCCCGACCUUAAAUGUUCUAACUGCCCGUCGCUCUUCCCCGCACAACCGCUGAAAACGGCGGAAAUCUCGAUUCCCUUUUUUGUUUUCUGAAAACAAAAAAGGGAUAGAGGGGGCUACACAGGAAAGUAACUUAAAAAAAAAACUGCUUGUCACUUGAAACAAACUGUCCCGAUCGUAAAAAACAUUUGCACAAAAAUAAUAAUAAUAAUUGUAUAGAUAUUGUUAAUGGCCUAAAUCAUUUUUAAAGAAGUUAAAAGAGUUUAUGGAGGUGAUGCGUACGGGUGGGUAAAGAAACGUGGCUUAGUAUUCUGUGUUCAUGAAAUAAAAUCUAAAAAAAAAAAGUUUAUCUUUUUCAUGGUGGAGAUAUUUAUUUUGGUAACGGAAUAAAGGUUAGGGUAGUGUGUUGGAGUUAGGUGGAGCAGUUCGGUAAAGCGAGCUUGAAAAAGUGAGAAAGCGCCAGUCUGUGAUAAAGUAGUUAUUCUCGGAGACAUGGGAAGGGGGUUCCCGGCGAGAGCUGAGGACACGGUCGUCGAAGGAGGGAUGUCCUCGUCCUGAGCGCCGAGAGGGGGCACCCCUUGGUCCGGACUCCUCCGGGGAAGCCAUGCUGGAGCCGUACAGCGAGCAGGCGCUGUGGAUCGUGGUGGUGGGCUUCGUGGUGGCCUUCGUGCUGGCCUUCGGCAUCGGCGCCAACGACGUGGCCAACUCGUUCGGCACGUCCGUCGGCUCCAAGGUGCUGACGGUGAAGCAGGCGUGCUGCCUGGCCACCGUCUUCGAGAUCGCCGGGGCCGUGCUCAUCGGUUACAAAGUGUCAGACACCAUGAGGAAAGGCAUUCUCGACGUGAAGUUGUACGAAAAUGAGGAGAUGCAGCUAAUGCUCGGUUGCCUCUCUUCGCUAGGUGGCAGUGCUGUCUGGCUUAUUUUGGCGACGUUCUUAAAACUGCCAAUCUCCGGCACUCACAGCAUCGUCGGAGCCACCGUCGGUUUCUCGCUUGUUUGCAAAGGCACCAAGGGCCUGCACUGGACAACCCUGGGCAUGAUCGUGGCGUCGUGGUUCGUGUCGCCCGUGCUGUCGGGCGUCAUGUCCGUGGUGCUGUUCUCGCUGAUCCGGCGGUUCAUCCUCCGCGCGCCGGAGCCGCUGGCCCCGGGGCUGCGGGCGCUGCCGUUCUUCUACGGCAUCACCGUCGCCGUCAACAUCUUCUCCAUCGUGCACGACGGCCCCAAGUUGCUGUACUUCGACCGCAUCCCUGUGUGGGGCACGUUCGUGGUCAGCCUGGGCCUGGGGUCCGUGGUCAUGCUGCUGGUACACUUCUUGGUGGUGCCCCAUCAGAGGAAGCAGAUCCUGGAAGUCAUGAGAAAAAACAGUGGGCGACCAGUGAAUUUUACAUUUGGUGACUCAACAGACUCCUCCCGGGAGGCGAGCCCCAGGGGCUCCGUGGAGAACAUCCCGCGCGCCCUGCCGGCCAUCGCGGAGGGCUGCGAGGUCAGCAAGACGUCCCUGAGCCUGUCCCAGGGGGACACGAGCGAGAUGGUGCAGCUGGCCGCCGGCCCGCCACCCGCCCAGGUCUACUGCUUCCCCGCCGCCCCGCAGACCAACGGCACCAAGUCCAACGGCUACGUGCUGGCCGAGACGGCCCUGGCAGACUCGUCCAAGGAUGAAAAGACUUUGCUGACAGCAGAAAACGCUGCUCUGGUGGCGUCCGGCAACGGCAAAUCCCUUCAGUCACUGCCGGCGGCACCGUCCCAGCAACAGCAGCCUCUGCAGCAACAGCAGCAACAGAGCCAGUCCCAGCAACAGCUGCAGACGAAAGAGGAGCUCAGCAAGAAGUCUGCCGGGAACGUCACUCCCACUUACGGUCUGUCCCCGAACAGCAGUGCCGUGCCACUGAUACGCAAUAAAACUGCAGAGGAGAUGCAGCGGCUGGAGGUGGACCCAGCGGCCGUCGAGACGGAGGAGACGGGGGUGCCGGAUGACCCCCCGCAGGUCGUCCGGCUGUUCUCCUUCCUGCAGAUACUGACCGCCACCUUCGGCUCGUUCGCCCAUGGCGGCAACGACGUCAGCAACGCCAUCGGCCCACUGAUAGCGCUGUGGCUGGUGUACGUGGAGGGCUCAGCGCAGCAGAAGUCGGAGACGCCGCUGUACAUCCUCCUGUACGGGGGCCUCGGCAUCACCAUGGGGCUGUGGCUGUGGGGCCGCCGGGUCAUCAAGACCAUCGGGGAGGACCUCACCAAGAUCACCGCCUCCACGGGGUUCACCAUCGAGAUCGGCGCAGCCUUCACGGUGCUACUGGCGUCCAAGGUCGGCAUCCCCAUCAGCACGACGCACUGCAAGGUCGGAUCUGUCGUGUUCGUUGGCUGGGCCAGCACGUCCAAGGGCGGCGUCGAUUGGAAGCUCUUCAGGAACAUAAUCUUUGCGUGGGUGGUAACGCUCCCGCUGGCCGCCGGCCUGAGCGCCGCGAUCAUGGCCACCCUGCAAGCCGUGGUCUUGUAGACGAGCCCGUCCCUCGCCCCCCUGGGGCCCGCCUCGCCGCAGCGAGGACUCCCCGCGCUGCAGCCAGCAGACCUUUUACCAUUUGUGUGUGUGAGUCCGUGCUUUCUGGUCACGCAGUCUCUACCUUUUCACGUCAUUUCUGUCCUGUUGCGUAUCACUAGGGACAAGAUCAUACAGUGGAUUGCGGUAGAACCGAAAUAACGCCACGAAGCAAAGUCGAUAGGUACACUGAAUAGCACCAAAAUUCAAGUUAUUACACCACGAAGCACCAAAAUGCAAUUAAAAUCACAAAAUUAAUCUGCAUUUUCAAUCAGAACUUAAUUCUAGUGACAAAUAACUAAAUAUUAAAUUUAAUGACAGGGCCGGCCCGUCCAUAUAGGCGAACCAGGCAACCGCCCAGGGCGCCAAGUAGCUGGGGGUGGCGUGGCACAAUACAUAACAGCUGAUAUAAUAUGUUUAACGAUUAUUGAAACUAGAUUAAAAAGGAAUUUUGUAACAGUUUAGAAUGUUUAUAUUGAUAUAAGUAAUAAUUUUAAGUCCACGGUGAUGGUAAUAAGUAAAAAAGUAAAAAAAAAACACAAGCCUGCUUACAUUUGAUUGUUGACAAAAUCUUAGGCUUACGUGAUGUACAUUAGUAAAAUUUAAUUUAAAAAAUAUUGGGAUCAGGUUACUUUUUCUAAUCUUGUAACUGUUAUUAGUUACUCAUUUUUACAUUACGACUAUAGAACAUUUAUCGAACACAGAAAUACUAAACAUAUUUAUUUUAUUUAUUCCGUUAAGUUAGACAUGCUUAUUACAAAUCAUUAUAGUCAAAAAGUGUAUCAUGUAUCAGUCAAAAUGACACUGUUUUGGAGAUAUUAGUACUAUGGAACAUUCAAGUUUCAUAUUUGUUCCAUAAUAUGCAAUUUUUUUUAAUAAAGAGAUUUCAUUAAUAAACAAUAACACCAUUUAUUUAUAUAUUUUUUUAAUCAGCCAGAAAAUAAAACUAUAAUAUUGUGUCUUUACAUUAAAUGUUUAACUACUUGAUACUGUCUGAAACUAGGCUCUUUUGGUUUUAGUUGUUUAUUAAGAUAGGAACCAAAAACACCAAAUUGGUUUCAACAGCUUUAAUGCCACAUGAUUUUUCAUUGAUUAGUAUUGAAAAUUUUCCUUCAUUUUAAGCAGAGAUCAAACUUCAUGAGAUUUGCAAAGAUCAUACAUAACACGGUGCCUGUUGACAGUAUAAGUCAUUCCUGAAAAUUUUUUCAGUAUUAAAUGUACGUAAUUGACUUCACAAGGAAAACUAUUUGUAGUAGUCAGUCACAAUUAUUUUCAGGCAUCACAUUAAACGAUUAAACUACAAACUAAUUUAACAAAACCAAAUUUUGAAAACUAAACUGCAUAGAUAUAGAAAAUGGUAUGACCUAAAAUCUUUUAAUAAACAAGUAGCAUCUUUAGAGUCCAUUCUUUGCUUUUCCUUAGGUAAUCCAACAGAAAACCAUCACAGCCUAUGUAUAAUUAUGAGGACUGCAAGCAUUUCAAACAUUAGGAAUAAUUUAUAUUUAUUUACUUAUACCAACACUUACCAUGAAAUAUGAAACAUUAUUUGGCCAAUUACAUCAAUUACAUUUUGCUUAAGAUGGAAUGUGACUAAAAUUGGAACCCUGAAAAAUGUGGAAAAUGCACAUCACCCGUUGGAAAAAGAUGCAUCAAAUUAAUUUAUUAUAUUAAUUUAAUUACUGAGUAAAAUAAUAAGCCUUGCAGAUGGGGCCAUUGAGUAAAUUAGCAAACACAACUUAACCUAACAUAUGUUUACAAGGAAAUAGAGGUUGAUUACAAACACAAAGUUCAUAUUUUAAUAGGUAGGCAUGUUCUGAUCAAAAUUAUGUGUUGUUUUGUUGAAAAUAAAUAUAGUAUAAUAAAUAUCAGUAUCAAAAUAAUUUAAAAAGCAGGACUGUGAAUCAGUUUUACAUGUUGGUCCUAACAAAAUUUUUUCUCCUGCUUUCGAGAAAACAAAUUUUUGGUAGGGAAAUAGUCAUUCGAACAAGUCAGCGUGUUUCUUUUAAAGUUACAUGCCACAAGUCUAAAUACAUAUAAAUUCUUAUUAAUGCUAUAAUUAUCAAAUUUAAAAAAAAUUUUUGCACCAUAUGUAUCUUACAUUAUGUGUGAUAAAUCCUGUGAUAUUUUUGGCCUAAAUAAAGAGACAUUUAUAUUGAUUGAAUGAUAGUAUUUUAACACACAACCAUUACUGUCACUGCAGAUACAAUAAUUCUUAAUAGAUCAUGCAAAAUAUAUAUUUUAAAAAAACACAGCAUGUGUUACCUUUUCAAACACAUUAUUUAUAGAGGAAUAGUACAUUAUGUUAGCAAAGUAAUUUUUCAAAUAUUUUUUUUUUAAAUGAUACAUGUCCAUGAUUAAAUAUAGCUAACUCAAUCUGGCUGAAAACAUAAUUUCCAAGAAUUCAAAGCAGCUUAAAUAUUGUAAUAAAUUUUUUAUGUUUGCACAGUGGGGCAGGAGAGCUGGAAAGUGGAGAUUUGUUUGUAAUUAAGUAACUUUUAUUUUGCUUUUCCACAGAAAUAUACUCUAUGAGUAAACAAGUAACUGUACGAGAGUAUAGGUGAAAGUGGAGAGUCUAGUAAGCAUUAUGCUUCUAAAGGUACAGCAGUCGAUUCAACAGCUGUAGCUUAAAAAACACCCACACGGGUAGCACAUUUAGUAUCAAGUGUUUACCCAGCUGCGGAGUUACGUUAGUUACAGUUCACGUAAUUCGGGAAGUGUUACUGCAUACUAUACGUACAUACACACAAAUGGUAAAUAUUAGUUACAUUAAUUUUGUCAUUUGAAAUACUAAAUUAUAGUUCACCUACUACUUUACAUGAGCUUUUUUUUUAAUUUAAUUUUUUUUUUUGGUUGAAUCAUGUUCAAAGAACCCUGUCUUUUCUUGUGCUACAUGCGUUGUGCUUAGCGAGGUGGAGCUCAUAGCAAUGCGAAGACGGAACACUUAAGGCCGCCAGCCUGCAAGACAUUUUUGUGUGUGAUCGUGUGUGUGUGUGUGUGUGCCAAUUACUUCCUCAAGUGUAUGGUGUGACUUGGCUGAAACUGUGCUCCAGGGAUAAAGAAGUUCAUCACUUAAACAUUCCUUCAGUGAAAAAAAAAAAUAUUGUUUUUUGUUCUGUUUUGUGAAAUUUAAUCUAGGGAUGAAUAACGGUGGUUUCUUGGCACCUCACGGCUAUCGGGAACACUCAUCAGAUGAAUUUCGUGUCAGGCAAAGAUAAUUUGGAACAUACCACAAGAUACAUGCUGACAAUUUGAUGAAAUUUUUCACUCCUGCUUCAAGUAAACAAGCAAUAUACUGUAACAAAUAAUUCAUCCCUAGUUUAGAUACGUUACUUAACAUUGUCUUCCACUGGGGAAAAUGCUUGUUGCUGCGACUUUUAAUUUUCUGGACAUGUGUUUACUAUUUAACAUUUUUCUUUAAAUGUGCAUUUUAAUUUUUAGUGUUACUAUUAUUCUCAGAUGAGUGAGAAUUCGACAGAAUCUAUUUUAUGAUAUGACGUGUUUGAAGUGUUAAGAGUGAUGUGCUGUUAGCCACUUAGUGGUUAUUGCUGUGAUUACUUUGAUCCAGGUCAUUAAGUUUAAGAUCAUACAUCAGUCUUCAAAAGCAUGAUAGUGAAUACACAAUUUUGUUCGCAUGAACAACAGUCUUUACCAUCAUGUUUCAGCUUUGUGACACAAAAUGGAUAUCAUGUGUAACAAAGAGUUACUGGUUGUUAUGUUUUGAUAUAGCAAAACAUAAAUUCCUUGUUUUUUAAUACAAAUAUUUAUUCACUGAUGAGCAUAAAUGUGCUCUUGUUUUUUUGGUGCUUUUUAUACAGUAGAUAAUACACAGGCAAAAUAUUCUUAGUAAAUAUUUUAUAUAUCUUUCACAUUAUAGAUUGGUUAGAGGAAUACAAAAAUUAUUAUCAUGAUUUAAACAAUUUACAGCAAUGUAAAUUUAUGAAUACUUCAACUCAAUAAACAAAUAGCUUCAGAAGUCAUUAAAAAAUAAUCUUAGCAAUAUAAUAAUUUAAAACUAACUAAAAACUAACGUUACCAUAAUUUUCUUUACGUCUGCUUAAAAAUUAAUACAGUUGAGUAAAUAUAAAUAACAACUUUAGUGUAACUAAGUCGUUAAACAUCUGUUGUAUGCGGACAUUUGAUAAAUAAGCUGUAAAUCAAUUUUCCUUUUUACUUGGGUCGAACAAAACAAAUUAUUAAUAAUUUUGUGUACAAAGUGAAAAAUAUAUUUUUUUUUUUUUAGCUUACAUUAAUGGUCAUUCAUGUAAUGAAAGUUUCUUAGUUUUUACUCAUGUAUUAUUUUUGUUCUGUUUCUUGAGAUCUAUAAUUAGACUUGCAGAUGGGUUCAAGUCACAUUUUUGAGAACCGAAUUGGAGAUUCAGAUUUGGAAGAAAAAAAAAUAGAAUUGGACUCAUCAGCUCAUCACUAAUAAUUAAAAUUAUAGCAUGCCCAAGACUGAGUUCUUAAUGCAGCUAACAUAAGCAAUCAUGCACUUGGAUGACAGGAAGCUCACGCUUGCAUCGGCACGUCUGUUUGGUUCUUGUUUGUAAAUUGAGUCUUUCAUAAGUCAGUUUACUGAUUUUAUAAAAAGUUUUUAUACAUUUAUGUACUUCUCAAAAUAGUUAUAACAACUUGACAAUUAAAACUUUAAACUAUUUUUUUUAAUUUUUAUAUGUUUAUAGGAUCACUAUUUCAAGCUAAUAAUUUUCCACUUCAUAGAAGACUCCAUGAGGAAUUAAAAAAAAAAGUUUAACUGUCAUAAAAAUAUUAACAAUUGUUUGUGUGUUAUCUACUGCUGUUAUUCUUAGUUAUAACUUAGUCCAUAGUUUAAUAAAGUAAUCACUUGAAAUGUGAGGGGAAUAGAAUGAAAAGCUCAAUAUUUUUGUACUAAAGAGAACACUGAGAGGUGAGGUUUACUAAGUAAGUUUGAAGAGAAGACAAUUUAUGCUAUGCCAUAGCAGCUAUGGAUAACGUGUUUUCAGUACGUAGGUGUGAAUUUAAUGUAAGGAUUUGAAGAGGCCAUUACGCAGUGCACAUUAGUUAAGUUCUGGUGUGCUUUAGUAGUGACUGAGACUAAAUUAGGCCUUCUGUUUGUAGUACUUACUUGUAGUUUGUAUUAAAACCACCAAAUGGUCAAGGAUGAAAUUUAUAUAAGUUUUACUUAAGUAGUAAGUGCCAAAUGGAUUUUAAGUUUAUUUCAAAAUCUAUAGUCCUGUACAAAUGCAUUUUUUUUAACUACCAGGACAUAUUUAAAUUUUGUACAAAAAUAAUUUAAUUUUUAUACUUAUAAUGUUAUAAUGUAUCAAAAUAUAAUUCAUUAUUUUGCACACCAAACAAAUGUUUUAGAAAAAAAAAAAUUUCCCGUAUUACUGUUAAUUAUUUUUAUCUUGCACAGGCAUUAUUCAUUCAUGAAAAUUGUUGAUCGUUGUUAAGCAUAUUUGGCUGAAUUAUAAUUCAGUAAUAGCCCUUCCUUGCUGGUUUUUAAAAAUUGUACAUACAUACAUAUAUUAGUCCCAAUCUUGAAACAUUUUCCCUUGUUAACUUGUACCCAAAGAAUAUCCAAUGUUGAACUGUGUACAGAAGUUUGUUGCAUAUGUUUUGUGUUGUCUGCACGGUAGUUCCACGUGGUGGAACACGCAUUAGGAUCACCAUAUUGAUAUUGUCUUUAUCUGCAGAAGUAAUGUAAUUUGUCAAUUACUGUAUAGUCAAGCACACAUUUGUUCAUGAUUGAAUUUCCACUGAGAAGACUGGCUACAGAUCAUUGCACAUGCUGUUGGCUCUUUCCUUUAUUGUUCUGGGGUUUGUGCAACACAGCAAAAAUGAUUGAAGUUUAAAUUACUGUAGACAAUCACUCAAUAUUUUUUGCCGAUGCACAACCCAAAUUACAUUAGUUUCUUCGAUGGAAAAUGAAAUUAAUGGGUUCAACGUCUCGUUGCCAUUGCAGUCAUUAGAGACAGUGAGAUGAGAAUGGACCACUGACAGAAUGAAGGGGUGGGGUGAACAAGAAUACCCUGAGAAAGCCCACCUGCUGACAGCAACAUCAGCCAUGUUUCCCAUUUGUAAAUAAUCUGGGCUUGACCCUGCCUGGAAUCAAACCUGAUUUUGAGGGAGGCGAGUGAUCCCUUUUAUACGUUGGAAACAUACCGGUAUUUUUAUUUAGUUAGGUAUUUUUAGGUUAGGUACAAUAAAUUGUUUAAACAUUAUUUACACUACCUACUGAUUGUGUUUCAUUGAAGUUGUUAUUCUGGAGACUGAUAAUGAGGAAAAUUAUGUUGGGACAUGUAGUGAUCUGUGUGAAAGAGAGAUACUGUAUUGUGGUGUGAAUAGGCAGUGUGUACAUACUUCCCAUAAAACUGGAAUUGUAAAAAUCUUGCUCACAGACCACACUAGCUAUUUUCCACGGGUAAACAGACAUUUGGCAACCAUGAUUCUGAAUACAUAGGGACUUAUAUUCAUCUUACAAACUUUGUUUCCCAAAAUUAUUUUCUGGGAGGACUUAUCCGUGAUCCAAACCAUAGUUUCAAGUGAAAUUCCUGCAAUACGAAACCAACGUUUUUCUUAGGUUAAUACCAAAGUCUGUUCUGACUCAUUAAGUUUAUUUUUAAAAUACUACCUUACUCAUGUUGCGGCAAGCCCUUUUCAAGUAGCAGUAGAUCUAAAUACUCUAAAGUUUUCUUUUUUUAAAUUAUUUUUAUAACUACUUAAUAAUAUAUGUUGCGUAAGAAUAGUAAUUUUAUAUAUUGUUCAAAAUUAUUAGGAAAAUUAUUUACAAUUAAGUUACUUAAUUUAUUCUACUGCCCAAGGGCUUUAUUUUUGGCACAAACCCAUGAGAACAGUAAAAGACAUGGCUACCAUCGCUUUAUAAGCAUAUAAAAACUUUAUUCAUCACUGUGGGUAGUUACGAUGAGCAGCGUGGUGGAAUUCCAUGUGUUUAUGAACCUUAAUGAAAAAUAUAGUAUUGUUGUUUUAAUAAGCAACCUUGCCAUAGGUACCUUAUAAAUUUUUUGGUACCAAAUUUUUAUAGAUUGAUUUAGAUUUUUAUAUUUUAUAUUUUUGUUAAAAAUAGUUGAUAUCUUGUUAUCAUUGGAGGGACAAUCACAGCUUGGUAAUUAAAUUGUAAAAUGCAAGAAAACUGCCAGAGGAAAUGGAUUUCAUAAACUAGUGGGUAUAAGUUAAAACAAGGAAGUUGAGUGUCAGUUUUACCAGUAGUUAGUUUUUCGUUUCAUGAAAUUUUUUUAUAUUUUAUCUUUUUCAUGAUUGUAUUUCAGUAGUUACAUUAUGUGGUAGUUUUUAAAAUCAGUUUUUUUUAGCAUUCUUCGACUAAAUAAACCGGUUAUUUUCACGUCAGAUUACACAUUUUCUUUCUGUAGCCAUUAUUUUUCAAUGAAGUUUUAUUCUACUUGUUUUUUCCAAGAAAUUUCAUAAGUGUUGAAUAAUGUAAUUUUUUACUCUCACCUGUUAUAGUCGAUGAAAUCUAGAAUCAGAAAAUAUUUGUAAUACGUAUACUCUUUUCCUACAUAUGUUGUACCGACAACCUCUGCCUGUAGAAUUACAUUAGUUCAAAGAAAACAUUUCCUCGGCUGUACCUAGUUAACACACAUUUCUCACUUGUAACAACAUUUAGCAUCGUGCCACAACUACCUGGUAAUUUGUGUGUUUAGACGGUGUUAGCUGUCACAUUGUCGGUUGUUUUACCAGAUAAUAAACUAUGUGUUUGUUGUUUGAGGAUACAGUAAUGGAAACAGUGUAUUAGACAUCUAUUAAAUGUUCCCUAUGGUUGACAGUUAUGAUGCAACUUGCAGAGCUUUGAGUUCACUGCGUUUGGUUUACUGGGGUUUGGAAAAAUGUUAGUCAUAAAAUGUGUUGGUAAAGCUCAUUAAAAACAGUAAUUUAAUGAAUUCCUGUAAAAAGGAAAAAAAAGUGUUUACAAUAAAUUGUUUAAACAUUAGUUACAGAA